AGCACAUGCUCAAGGUAAGUAACCAUUUAUGUAUGCUUUCAAGCCACAAUUUACUGACAUGAAAAGAAAAAUACUUAUAUUGAAAAUGUACUACUCCAAGUUCACAUAUGAAUCUUGGGAAUAACAGUCCUUUGAUGGCGCAUGCAAGGACUAUCGAUAACGAAAUGCAGAUUUAGUAUUUACCUCCCUGGUGUGGAGAUUCCUGAGUGGUUUACGUACAAGAACUCGGGGACUGAUUCAAUCUCAGUGCCCCUGCCCAAAGAUUGCCAGACACCCACAUUCAUGGGUAUUGCUAUCUGUGCUGUUUUUGAUAUUAUAACUCCUUCAAUUUUUAAUAAUAUUACGAUCAUGAAAACUUUCCAAGAACUCGCAAUGCAGUGUAGGCUCACAAGCCAUGAUGGUUCAUGCAGCCGAUUCAGAUCUUGUUUCGGUUGGAUAGGAAGCGAAAAACCUCAGGAUUUAGGCAACAUUUUUCUAGGCUAUGUGUCAAUUGAUUGUGAUUUGUUGAAGGUACUCAAGGAUUUGCUUUUGAAUCCUAAGAACUGGAGUCAGUUUGAGUUUGGUGUCUAUGAUAUUAAUAAGAUUAUGGUGAUCAAAGGUUUGGGGCUGCGUUUUGUGUACCAGAAUGAUAUCAAUGAUCCAAAAUGAGAUGGACAACACUUCUAAAGUUUUAUAAUAAGUGAAUUUUGUUCCUACUGUUUCAUUGUUUUCAUUUUUCUUUUUGUAAUUUGUUUAAUUGUCAAAAUAA